CAAAUGCCAAAGCCCAAUAGUUUGUUGUUUUUGAUACAAUUGUGCUGCUCUUAUGCAUCCGGAGUCUUAGAUAUGUAUAUAUAUGUAUACAUAUAUAUAUAGAUAUAUAAACCAGCUGCGAUGAAAUAUAGGCAGUGGAUAACAGUGAUGAAAUAUUUCUUGAACCAUAUUAGAAAACUGAAGCACUUCACUUUGAGAUACCCCAAUUUCCUAAAAGGGAUUCGUAAGAAUCCUAAAGUGGGAGGACUACGUUUACAACUUGAAAUGUAAUAUUAAUGCGUAAGUUCUUUGAGAAGCUCUUAGGAUUUCGUUCAUUCGGGCAGCAGCAGUGGCAGCAAUGCAACAAGGGAUAAAUGCGCCACAGCUGCACAUUCAAGUACGCAAUUGAUACGCAAACAGCAGCAUCGCAUCGUUGUCAUGGGAGCAGCUCGUGUUGGCAAAAGUUGCAUCAUUUCACAAUUUUUAUACGAUAAAUUUAAUGUACGCUAUAAGAAAACUGUUGAGGAAUUGCACCGUGGAGAGGAUUGGCAAGCUUACGGUGUUAUAAUCAAAUUGCUGGAAAUAUGGCGUUAUUCGAGUAAAAUUGAUGCAAUUAACUUUUGCCUCACGCCUAAAUAUCGUAAUCAUAAAGCAUUGGCAUUUCAUUCACUAUUAUUUUUAGCGGCCGAGCAGUUUAUCGAGAUUACUAAACGCAUAAAUUCUCUAGAAAUGGAUGAAAUCAAAUUGGGACGUCUUUCUGAAAAGCUUAUAAAUGCUCAUUAUCACAUAAAAUAGAGUUUAUCGCUGUUAUAUUAUCAUAAGUAUUUAAUAUUUUACAUAAGAAAAUUCCAUUACCUAUUUUUCAUGUUAUCUUUCUUCAAUUUUCUCCCUGUAGUUAAAUAGUUAUUUAAGUAUUUGAAUACUAUACCAAUCGAUAAAAUUGUUGUUGUUUCUCAGUUAAUAAUUGAAUCUUUUGUUCGUUGUCUGCAAAAGUUAGCUUGAAAUUCGGCCAAUGUUUUGGCCCUGUGACUACGUACUCUAAUUUGCAAAGAGACAUGUUCGAGAACCAUGACCACAGAACACGCAGAAGAUAGUAACUUUAAAUCAAAAGUAGACAUAGCAGAAUAGCAAUCUUCGUA